UAUCAUUAUUUUCAUACCCUUUUUUUCUUUUAACUAAUAAAUUAUCCCCCAUACUUUUCUUCAUAAUUUUUAUCACUUUUUUUCAACCAAAAAAAAAAAAGAAAAGACAACACCAUAUUAUUAUAUUACACAACAAAACAUACAAACAUAUACCAUGACCCUUCCAAGAAAUUUCUUCAUUCUAUUCACCAUUUUUAUCAUUAUUAUUAUUAUGUCACUUUCAUCUAGCUAUAGUGUUAAAUUCCUUGAUAAUGAUGAUGAUAAUAUAUUAAGUGAAAUUCAUUAUGUUCAUCAUCACAAUUUGAAUAAUCUUGAAAGGGAAUUUGGUUAUGAUUUUCAAGCUUAUCCUUCAAAUUAUUUCAACACCAUUCUUGGUCAUGAAGGCAACAACAAUAAUAACAUACCUCGUAUAAUCCCACACGUGGAGUCUGGAGAGCAUGAUCACGAAGACAACAACAGUAUAAUCCCACACGUGGAGUCUGAGGAGCGUGAUCGUGAAGACAACAACAACAUGGAGAAAAAUCAUAUAAUCCCACACGUGGAGUCUGAGGAGCGUGAUCGUGAAGACAACAACAACAUGGAGAAAAAAUGUAUAAUUCCACAAGUGGAGUCUGGAGAGCGUGAUCACGAAGACAACAACGACAUGGACAAACAUCGUUUAAUCCCAAAAGUGGAUUCUGGAGAGCGUUAUCACGAAGACAACAAGGACAUGGACAAACAUCGUAUAAUCCCAAAAGUGGAGUCUGGAGAGCGUUAUCACGAAGACAACAACGACAUGGACAAACAUCGUAUAAUCCCACAAGUGGAGUCUGGAGCGCGUGAUCACAAAGACAACAACAACAUGGAGAAAAAACGUAUAAUCCCACAAGUGGAUUCUGGAGAGCGUUAUCACAAAGACAACAAUGACAUGGACAAAAAUCGUUUAAUCCCACAUGUGGAGUCUGGAGAGCGUGAUCACGAAGACAAAAAUCUUGAAAUAAUUAGUAGAUUUCAUAGAUUCAAGAAUUUGGAGAAAGAUGAUGAUGAUCAUCAUGAAGAUGAAGAAGAAGCUAAGGUUGCAACAAUUAGUGUGGAUAGCUUUGGAGCUCAAGGUGAUGGAAGUAUAGAUGAUACAAAUGCCUUUCAAAAAGCAUGGAAAGAAGUUUGUUCAUCUUCAAAUGUUGUGAACUUUUUGGUGUCCCAAAAUAAGAAAUAUCUUCUCAAACCAAUCAAAUUUUCUGGGCCAUGCAAAUCUUCCAUUACAAUGCAG